AUGACCGCCUUGGUCUCAAGAGCCCAUGGCACAUUCAUUAAUGCCCGCUCUUUUCAUUCAACUGCAUUUCAUCGCUAUAGCAUUGCAGACAAAGUCAAAAAUGCAAUCUAUGCUUUGGCUCCAAAGGAAAUCUUUGCAGAUCAACUAGGAGAAGAAGAAAAUGAUGAAGAUACAAAAAAAUUGUCACACCAAUACGUUGCCGAUCUCGAAAUACCUUACUCCAAUCUUAAUAUACCAAAUCAAAAUACCAAUACAACAAAACUGCAUUCUUCACACCCUUCUCUUACUCUCAGAUCAACAAAUUUAAAACCACCAUACAUUACACAAGGUGUCAUGGGGUCUCACGUUCAUCUCCCAUCCUUCAUGCUUGAAUCAAUCAAACCUUUAGGCUCCCCAGGCGAUAAAAUCAUUCACAUCAUUAAAACCUACCCAACUGUAUCUCCACGAGCAAUUCUAAUCCUCAUCAAACCAAUUCUUUCCUCUCUCUCUGAUUCCCAUCUAAUCCAAAUAUCAAUCUACCUCUAUUCUCAUUUUUACCCUCGUGAAGCAUGCAACCUACUCUCUACAGCCCAGUCUCUGGCCCCAGCAAUUGCCUCCUUUUCCGAUCUUAUCCCUGCUCUUACUCAAUCUCAAAUUGACCGCACUGAUUUUAUUCUUCUCAACAUUACUUCAACCCUCCUAGCUACAAAUAAGCAUUCCCUAGUUCUCCAGCUUCUCCAGGAAAUCCAAAACACAACAAAUCUUGGAAUUAUCCCCCCGCAUGAACUUUUCGAACAAGCUAAACUCGCUAACCGCAUCUUCACAGCAUCUUCCACUGCCGAUCUCGACAUUGUUCUCGACAAUACCCCAACUCGCAUAUUCUACAAAACAGCCCCACCACCAAUUAAACUGGCUAUUCUUAAAGCUGUUGCCAUCUUCAAAGACCCUGAUCUACUUUCCUCUCUCAUAAAACAAGAUUUCCCCUUUUUCACCUCACCAUACGUUCUCCACAAUAUCAUCUCAGAAGUCCACCAUCAAUAUCAGCUUACAGACGACCCCUCUGCCAUUGAAACUCUCAUCCCAGUUUUGUUCGAAGUAACCAACCCUUACCAUACCCCUUCCAUUUCUUUCCACCCAGUCGACCUUGCAUUGCUCCCCUUUUUGGCCCUGACAAGGCCUUUCUUCGACAAACUCUGGCGAAGAGCCCAGAUCCUUUUAAAAAAAUCACCCUCGCCUGAAGCAUACAAGCUUUUCCUAGAAAAGGCAAUUACUCUUAAACUCACACACUCUGCAACUGACAUUUUAAAAGACUCCCAGAAAUCAAUCACAUCCCCAGCCCUCAUUGCAAGUGCAAUCAAUCUAGUCAUUUGGGGGCGCCAUAAAAUCAAACACAAGCGGCCAGAAAAAACAGUUGAAACUCAAGAUAAAAUCUUAAGUUACCAAUUUCUCGAUGUUUCCCUUGUCAAACGAAUCUUUAAAUACACACCAAUUGACAUUCUUAUCCCAGCAAUCACCAUCUUCCUUAAACGUCUCAAUGCCCAAUAUAAAACAUCUGCUCCAAUAAACCUCCCUGCUUCCCAGCAAGAACAUCCAAUCCCUCGAAGCAUUCUCUGGUCACUCAUCAAGGCUAUCGAUACUACCCCUAAAACAAAUACCACCCUUACCCCAGAAAUCGAGCAGCAGCUGGCCCUGCUUAUCGCCACGCGACCUCUAACUGAACAGUUUGAGUAUUAUACCCUUAAGGCAAUCUCCGUGGAUGGAGUCCUCCAAGCCAUUCUAGCACAUAUUGCCAGACUCAAGCAAAUCCCAGACACUCCACAAGAAGCAAACAUUCAGCUUAUUCUCUCAGCCUUGGUCAUGAUGAAAUCUAAAAUCUCCCAUGACCUUAACCCUCAUCUUCUUUCCCAAAUCAUUCUUUCGCUUUUCCAACUGGCCCCAGCUCUCAAUGACCCCCUCCCGGAAAUCAUGGCAUAUAUUGCUCCAUCCGAGAAAGCCUCUUUAGAUAUUGUACAGAGCCUGCUCAGAAAAUCAAACUAUACCGCCGCUCUCAAGUACAUUGACAUUUUGGGUAACAAUCUCCCCAUCGAAGUACUCUAUGCCGCAAUGACUUACACAAGUUACGCCCGCCCAGCCCUCAGCAUGCAUUUUCUGCGAUGGUUGCGUGUCCACCGAGGGAUUGUCCCCCCACCUCGCGUGCUGCGACGCAUGGCUAUUGGAUUUGCUAAAAGUCCAGCUCUUUCAGAUAGCCAAAGUCGCGUGCGCAUUGAAAAAGUCGCACGCGUGCUUUCCCGCCAUCACAAGGCAUCUCUGGGCCCUCAUGCCGCGCGUGUAUUUGUUGACAGCUUGUUGGCUCGCGCGCUGGCUCGCGGCCAAGGUAGUCGGCAACGGCUACGGUGGGCCAUUGGUUUGGCCCGUCACCAAAAUGUCCCUCCAGAGCAAAUCCAGCAGUGGAUGCGGCAGAUUGAUUACAUGCGCAUGAAGCGCGUUGGGUACUGGGCCCCGGGCAGUUCUGUAAGUGCAAAACCGGGACACACAGGGGUCCGGCCCACUCUUUCGCAUAUCCUGGCCUUUUUCUCUAGGCCUCGACCCAAUAAAACUAGAUAG